AUGGCAUCCGACAACAAAAUGGGUCGUUGGGGUGCCAUAAGUUAUGUAAUGGGAAAUAUUGUAGGCGCAGGAAUUUUUAUUGCACCCACAGCUAUAUCUAAUCAAGUUGGAUCAGUUAGAAUGUCGCUCAUAAUUUGGGUACUGUCGGCAGUAAUUUGUACAAUUGGGGGCUUUUGUUACUUGGAAUUGGGUACAAUUGUUAAGAGAUCUGGAGGAGAUUUUGCAUAUCUUUGUUUUGUAAAAUGGUUGUCCUAUAAAAUAAAGUCCUAUAAUAUAAAAAUAUUUAGGCAUUUGAUUGCCUUCAUGUUUAUGGUCUCUGGUUGCGUGAUCGUUUAUCCCAUGCAGGUACAUAAUCUGAUAAAAAUUUUGGAUUUGUCAUUAAAUUUUCCUAACGAAUUUGAAGACAAAUUUAGUAUAUUUAGCCCUUUUCUCAAUGCAGUUAGCAAUUGCAGCGAGUGCUUCGGGAGAAUACAUUGUUCAGGCAUUCCAGUUUUGUAA